CUGUUCCUACUCUUUGGAUCCACCUAUUUAGAAGUCGUUUCAGAUGUGAAUGAAAAUGUCUCCGAAGCUACGUUCGUCCUAAAAGGUCACCGGUCCAUAGUCAACCAUGUGAGAUAUAGCCCAAGCAAUAGAAUAAUUUCUUCUUGUGGAGUGGAGAAGAUCAUCAAGGUGUGGAGUUCGCUGCCUAUUCCAUCCUCGUAUGACAAGCCGAGAAUUCGAGUUAAGAAAACUCUGCUUUCCGAGUUAAGCUUCGAUGAAGGAGUAGCUGUAGACGACACUGCUGAGGACCUCAAUAUGCUAACUAUUUCGAUCAACUGGAUAAUCUGUCUCGAAUGCAAGCAUACGAUCCAAAUGAGGAAACAGGCAAGUGUUCUUUUACUUAUUUACAAGGAAUUUUGCUAA